CCCAGAUCUCAAAAGACCCAGAUCGGGCAGAUCGCAGCUGCCGACUUGAUGGCACCUGUACUGGCCCGUGUCAGAUCCCGAAGAAGCCCUGGAAUAACCUUGGGAUGCGAAGAGACGUCUUGCCAUUCCUCCUUUCCCCCUCGUCGGCCCAGCAGCCACUCGGCCGAGCUCCCUGGUACGGUCUCUCGGCAACGACCCAAUCCAAUUCUGGAGACGAGGGCUGGUCUCAGGGGUCCUAUCCCAGCUUCGUUCCCCAGAAAAACCUCCGGUGGUUGUUCAGGGCCACCCCAAAACAGAUCUUGGGAGGGGUGGAUUGUCCAUGACAGGAAACAAGAAAACAUUCAGUGGUGGCAGGAAAGGAGGGGAAGUUCCUCAUUCCCAAGAGAAGAAGAGACCACAUUUCGCUCACGGCUUCAAACUGGCUCAGGUAUACAUGCAUACGAAAAAAAACUAUGCAGGCUAGUUGGGAAUUCUCUCACAAAACAGAACACAAACCGCAAAAGUCACAAGAGAUCCAAAUAUCGAACACCCCACCAUGCCUGGGACGGGUUCAAACCAUAUGUCUAGAGGCUGUCCCCUCCUUCCUGUCUCCUCACAGGCCCAUUGGUCAGCUGUAGUCCAAGCCUUUGUCCCCAUUAGGCGAUCCCCAACGAUGGAACCAUGCCCUGUUCUUCUUUGCGCUCGUUGCCCGCCUGGUACGACACGCGGAACCGCAUCUUGAUCGCGUUGCCUUUGCCCACUGGAACCCUGUCCACUAGCAUCUCCUGUUGCACUCCGUUUGCUUGGGAGGGCGCAAUAUCCCGUCCCGACUGCGGCCGCAGUUGCAGGGUGUAUGCCUGUCACAUUCGUUAGUUUCUGAUCACUGUAAGAUCAGGAAGUAAGG